AUGGAAGAUAAAAGCUCCCCAGAUUACAAGUCGCUCUACCUACAGGCGGAACAGCGGCGCGAAGAGGCGGAACAGCAAACUCGCCUUACCACUUUUACGGAAUACAUUCGACGGUGUCACGAUCUAUCCCGCUUAUUGAGAGUUGAGACACCAUCUCGCUCAACAACCGGACAAAUACCUUCUCCCACAGGCAAAUUCUGUCCCACCCGAUUAGAACAUUGGACCGACUGCCCAAAGCAACUCUCAGAAAUAUACAGAUCCGUCUACAGCUACUUUCAGCCGGAAAGAAGGCAAGCACCGCGUCUGUUUUCAUCUUUACUUGCGCUAGACGGAUUAGUCCAACGUCUUGUUCGCAAACCACUGAGUAGUGAGCAGGAGCUCGAGGCCUACGAGCGGUUUGCCGUUGAAGAGCAUGUCCAUGACAUAAUUACUGAGUUGUGCAAGAUUCCGGCGGCUCGAAACGAGUUCGGCCUCGAUGAUGGAAUACAGUUCAGCAACCAUACAAAUACCCUGAACGAGAAUCAAACAACCCAAGCGAGUGAAAGUCAAAUAUCAAGCAUACAACACCCACGGCCUGAUCAGUUCUGCAUCCACCGCGUCGACGGCAACACUAACACUCUCCUCGUAUCCGUCGAGUAUAAGCCGCCGCAUAAGCUUUCCGUUGCAACCCUCCGCAUGGGCCUUCGACCGAUGGACUUGUGGAAAGAUCUAGUCAGGUCCAAUAAAAUUCCCACGGGCCAGGAAGCGAAGUUGAGAUACAAUGCAGAGCGGCUUGUCUGCUCCGCUAUUGUCCAGGAAUAUCAUGUGAUGAUUCAAGAAGGCCUUGAAUAUUCCUAUGUUACAAAUGGGAUCACCCGGGUACUACUUCGUGUUCCGCGUGACAAGCCGACCACGCUUUACUAUUUUUUCUGUGAUCCGAACAGCGAAGUGGACCCGGAAGGCGAUUUUAUUUCUAAUCUGUCGAAAACUUCUGUUGCAAGAGUGCUAUGUCUUUGUUUAAUGGCAUUCCAUUCACCUGUUCGUGGACAAGAAUGGAGAAAUCGUGCACACCCAGAUAUUCCCAUUUGGAAGACCAGCUUUGACCACACACGUUCGCAGAUUUCGAAGAAACAAUUAGAGCAGAUUCCCCACUCCGAUAGCACAAACCCCGAUUUUUCGAGUCCAGAUACCAGUUCGUCCUAUGAACUGCCGUCGUCCCCGCUACCGUGUCCUUCAGAGGGCCGUCGAGUGCCGACACGAUCUCAAACUAGAUGUGCACCUCCGGAGAUCCGACCACGGUCACGCUCACCUAACUCGUCAGGUUCCGACACAAACCAAACGGCUGGCCACAAGCGGAGGAUCAGUCAAGUCACGCCUUCACCGUCUACUCGGCGAUCAGAUAGACAGCAAGAGUCAGGGAAUGAGCGCGAUGAUCAAUCCCGACGCCGCGCUGCGGUAUUCUGCACGCAGCGAUGUUUACUCGGCCUACAGACCGGGAAAUGCCUGGAUGACUUGUGUCCAAAUGUGGAUCAUCAUCGUCGGGGCCAAAACGCCCCGACUCAGCAUCCUGUCUCGGCUGAAGGCCUGAUGCUUUCGCUCAAAAAACAAUUAGACGAAAAUAUCGAGCGUUGUAUUCCUCUUGGUGGUUGCGGAUCCUACGGUGCCCCGUUCAAACUGACUUGCAUGAAGUAUGGUUACACAGUUAUCGGGAAAGGUACCACUUCGGGGCUAUGGGAAGAAGUUUCCCGUGAAGCGCAGGUAUAUCAAAUCCUGCGCAGGAUUCAAGGAUCUGCCGUGCCGGUCUUUUUGGGAACCAUUGACUUGGCAAAAAUCUACUUUCUUCAUGGCGCUGGACAAAUCCGCCAUAUGCUCGUUAUGGGUUGGGGCGGUGAGAGCACAGCCACAAUGGAGCUGACUGCACACCUCCGCCGAGAGAUUCACAGGUCGAACAAAGAAAUUAAAGCCCUGGGUAUAAUCCAUGAAGACCUCAGACAAGAAAAUGUACUUUGGUGUGAAGAGCUCCGUCGUGCUUUGAUUAUCGACUUUCAUCGUUCGACUCUGAGAUGCCGACUGGCUAAGCAGCCACUGGGGCCGACAAAAAGACGACUAUAUCAAGUGGACUCCAGAAAUGCAAAACGUCUUAGGAUUUCGAAAUGA